GAAAUUAAAAAAACACACACAUUUUUGGAACAAAAAGCACUUAUUUAGAACGAAAUAAGUUGCUCCUGCUGAUCCUCUGCUUGCAGAAUCUGCACCUCCCCGCACGUGAUCUCCCGCAGCCAUCUUCAAAAUGUCGCAGCGAUCGUCCAAAAAAGCGGCCAAGCCGAGCUCCACCUCCGGCGCCCAGUCGGUGUCCUCGUCGGCCAGCACCGUGUCCAGCAUGACCGAGGCAUCGGACACGGCCCUCAGCCCGUCCCGGCGCAGCCGUCUGCACGAGAAGAACAGCCUGAUGAACCUGAACGAUCGACUGGCGUGCUACAUUGAACGCGUUCGCUACCUGGAACAAGAAAACUCGCGACUCUCGCUGGAAAUGGCCGCCUAUCAGGAGACGGCCAGCCGCGAGGUGUCGAGCCUGAAGUCGAUCUACGAGGGCGAGUUGGGGGAUGCGCGGAAGCUGCUCGAUGAAACGGCCCGCGACAAGGCCAGGGUUGAGAUCGAUGCCAAGCGGUACUGGGAGGAGAACGAUCAGCUGCGGAUGAAGCUGAACAAGAAAACCAAGGAGCUGACGGAGUUGGAGCGCGAUGCCCGAGCCAGCGAAGCCAAGUGUAUCGAGCUGACGGCAAACUACAACAGCGUCUGCUCGGAGCGGAAGAAACUGCAGGAGGAGCUGAAGGAGUACGAGAAGGAGUCGACGAAGCUGCGGAAAACGUUCGAGAAUAUGAGGAAGGAUCUGGAGCACGAAACGCUGAUUCGGGUAGAUCUGGAAAAUAACAUCCAAAGUCUGCGGGAGGAGCUAACGUUCAAGGAGCAGGUGCACAGUCAGGAGCUGUCCGAGAGCAAGAUGCGUCGCCAGAGUGAGAUCAGCGAGAUCGACGGAUUCCUCAUGGAGCAGUACGAAACGAAGCUUCAACAGACAUUGCAGGAACUUCGCGAACAGUACGACUCUCAGCUGCGUCUGAAUCGGGACGAAAUCUCCGAACUGUACGACGCUCGGAUCCACAACCUUGAGAGUCGCCUGUCCUCAGACCGCAUUCAGUACGAGGAUGAACGGCAAAAGCUGGAGAACGAGAUCACUCGAUUGCGCGACGAAAUGUCCAUCCAGCUGAAGGAGUACCAGGACCUGAUGGACAUCAAAAUCUCGCUCGAUAUGGAGAUCGCCGCCUACGACAAACUGCUCUCCUCGGAGGAAACUCGACUAAACAUGACGCCGAACGUGACCAGCACAACGGCUACGGCUUCGGUGCUCAGCUCGACGUCCCGCCUCUUCCGAACGCCCUCUCUCAAGCGAAAGCGCAACGUGCUCGACGAGUCCCUCGACUACUCAAUAACCUCCACAGCCAAAGGCGACCUCGAGCUGUCCGAGUGUGAUCCGGAGGGAAAGUUCGUCAAAGUGCACAACAAGUCCAAACAGCAGUACAAACUGGACGGCUGGCAGAUCCAGCGCAAGACGGAAUCCUCCGAAGUGACCUUCAAGUUCCCCAAAAACAGCAAAAUCGAAGGCAACGGCACGGUCUCCAUUUGGUCCUCCGCCUGCGGCCAGAAGCCCGAUCCACCGAUCACGCUGGUCAUGACCAAGGGGCAAACGUGGACCACCGGGGACAGUACGGUCACGGUGCUGGUCAACGCCGACGGCGGCGAGGAAGCGCACUCCGAGCGGAUGAAGCUGCGCACGAUGAACAUCUCCGGCCACAAGGACAAGUACUUUCUCGAGGAGGGAGGUGCACGGCUAGGGGUGAGCCAUUCGAUGCCAGUCGGCGGGAGCUCCAAAUCACCACGAGGCCAGGGGGAACCGGGCACGGGCGAUAAGAACGACGAGCAGUGUGUGGUGAUGUAAGGUGGGGAUGAGAGUGGAAGGUGUUUAAAAAUUUGUUUAUUUUUGCAAUCAACAGUGGAAAGUUUGUAAAUAGCGUAAGAUUUGUAUCUAUGAAGAUGAAAAUGUUCCAUUUCAAAAAUUGAAAAUAAAUACAUAGCAUUUUAUGUUUCUUCAAGUAA